CUUCUUUUAGUUAGCCUAAGUGGCUCGUCCGAGUCCAUCACUCUGUUAAUAUUGUAUUUAAUGUCUUAAUAUGAUUGAUAUGCUUAAAGUUUUUGUCAUUCAGUCUAUAAAACUUAUUUUUUGGGAGGUUAACUGGGUUGCUUUAAAAUGUCUUAGCAGCAUGCGUCUUCAUACACGAUUAGUACACUCUCCAAGUCUUGUUACCUUGUACCCGGCAGGAAUUUUCGCCUACCUGAAUUACAGAGUGCCACGGACGAGGAGGGAUAUCUUUCAGACCCUCAUAAAGGGACUUCAAAGGCUGGAAUACAGGGGUUAUGACUCUGCAGGUGUUGCAGUAGAUGGCUCAGGGAAAGAUCAUGCUGCUAGUAUCAGCCUCUAUAAGAAGACAGGGAAGGUGAAAGCUCUUGAUGAAGAGAUCUACAAGAACAACGCCAUUGAUUUCGAGGCAGAACUGGACACACACUUUGGCAUUGCACACACUCGCUGGGCCACGCAUGGAGAGCCCAGUCCAGUCAACAGCCACCCUCACCGAUCUGACAAGAACAAUGAAUUUGUUGUCAUCCACAAUGGCAUUAUCACAAAUUACAAGGAGCUGAGGAAGUACCUGGUUUCCAAAGGCUAUGAGUUUGAGUCGGAAACAGACACCGAGGUCAUCCCUAAGUUGAUCAAGUAUCUCUAUGACAACCGCGAGAAUGAGUAUGUGUCCUUCUCCACCCUGGUGGAGCGCGUCAUUAAGCAGCUGGAAGGGGCAUUUGCUCUGGUUUUCAAAAGCAUUCAUUUCCCAGGAGAGGCAGUUGCCACCAGGAGGGGCAGUCCACUGCUCAUCGGCGUGCGCUGUCAGUAUGAGCUUUCCACAGAGCAGAUCCCUGUCCAGUACAACUGUGGUGAUUCCAGGACAAAUGAACAGGAGAAAAACUUACUGAACCGAAGGGGCAGCACCAAUGCCUUACACUCAGUCCAUGACAGACUGGCAGUGGAGUUUUACUUAGCCUCUGAUGCUAGUGCCAUCAUUGAGCACACCAACAAGGUGAUUUAUCUGGAGGACGAUGAUGUCGCCGUGGUGAUGGAGGGGAAGUUGUAUGUGCACCGUAUUAAGCGUAAAGCAGGCGAAGACCCCGUCCGUGUCAUUCAGACCCUACAGAUGGAGCUCCAGCAGAUCAUGAAAGGUAACUUCAAGGCUUUCAUGCAGAAGGAGAUCUUUGAGCAGCCUGAAUCUGUCGUCAACACCAUGAGAGGCAGAAUCUGUUUUGACAGCAACACAGUUAUUCUUGGUGGCCUGUCUGACCAUCUGAAGGAGAUCAAGAGAUGCAGACGCUUGAUCUUGAUUGGCUGUGGAACCAGUUACCAUGCAGGAGUGGCAACACGUCAGAUCCUUGAAGAGUUGACUGAGCUUCCUGUUAUGGUCGAGUUGGCCAGUGAUUUCCUAGACCGCAUCACACCCGUUUUCAGAGAUGAUGUCUGUUUCUUCAUCAGCCAGUCGGGUGAGACGGCAGACACUCUGAUGGCAUUACGCUACUGUAAGCAGCGCGGGGCACUGACUGUGGGAGUCACCAACACUGUUGGCAGCUCCAUCUGCAGGGAGACCGACUGUGGAGUUCACAUCAAUGCUGGGCCUGAGGUUGGAGUUGCCAGCACUAAGGCCUACACUAGUCAGUUUGUGUCUCUGAUCAUGUUUGCCCUGAUGAUGAGUGAAGACAGGCUUUCAAUGCAGCAGAGAAGACUGGAGAUCAUCAACGGCCUCAAAAAACUGCCAGAGCUGAUCAAGGAAGUUCUGGCUCUUGAUGACCAAAUCAAAAGCAUUGCAGAUGAGCUCUACCAUCAGAGGUCUCUAUUAGUCAUGGGUCGAGGCUACAACUACGCCACCUGCCUAGAGGGGGCUCUGAAAAUUAAAGAGAUCACGUACAUGCACUCAGAGGGCAUUAUGGCUGGAGAGUUGAAGCACGGCCCAUUGGCGUUGAUUGACAAGCAUAUGCCUGUCAUCAUGAUCAUCAUGAGAGAUGCUUGCUACAAAAAGUGCCACAAUGCCUUGCAACAGAUCACAGCCAGACAGGGCCGCCCCAUCAUCCUAUGUUGCCAGGAUGACCCAGAGAUCAGUAAAAUGGCAUAUAAGACCAUUGAACUGCCUCAAACAGUGGACUGUCUGCAGGGCAUCCUCAGUGUCAUUCCACUGCAGCUCAUAUCCUUCCAUCUGGCUGUUCUCAGAGGAUAUGAUGUGGACUACCCAAGAAACCUGGCCAAAUCUGUGACCGUCGAGUAACUCCUCCCAGGAAAUGUGAACUAAUCGAAGUUGAAGAGGAGAAUACUGACCACCAAAGUGCAAUUACCAGUGUGUGUGUUUACGUGUGUUUGCAUCUGUGUGAAUGUAGGAGUGUGGGUAUUUAUGAAUUAUGAUCAAAUCCCUAAAGUCCAAGUGCCUCAACAUCCAAGUGCAAAUGAAGGAAACCCUAAACGGUGCCUUACAGCCUUUUCUCUCAGCUCUUAACCGAGCCUGAAGGAUAACAACUAAGUCAAAAGUUUACCUCUGAAAAAAACCGGUGCAAUACAUUAAUCUGCACAAUUAAUCUGUCCCAGAAACUUGCCAUCAAUCACAGGGACCAAAGAUCAUAGUUAUGUUGAGUGGGUAAGGAAGUGAUGCGUAGAUGUGGAAGCACAUGGAUGUGUAAGUAUGAAUUGUUCUAUUACCUAUCGGUUGUAAUGCUAGGAAACACUAUUUGUCAUUAUUGUUAUUACAUUGCACACAUUUCUCUGUACUACAGAAAAUUAUGCCAAAAAUUCAGCUGGAGCUAGCAAGUGUUAAUCACAUGAACUUACAUACAGCGUUCAAUUAUCUUAGUGAAACUAUAAUAUAAAUAACUGGGUUCCACUGGAAAUUUUACUGUACUGUUAGAGUUUACUUUGACUGUGAAGCACUCAUUGUUGGAACAAUCAUUGUGUUAUUAGACAUGCAUUUACAUUUUUUUUAAAUGAAUGAUUUCAAUGAUUGAUAUUUGUAAUCUAUAUUUUGUGCCGAAAUGAGAUUUCAAACCCUCAGCAUAACUUUUUUUUUCUUACUGGGACAAAAUUCUUUGUGACUUUUCCUGGUUGGUUUAAAGCAUAAUUUCAAUGGUAUGCAUUUCCCUAGUUGUCAUAUACAUCCUUUAAAAUCAGUUUUAAAAUCAUAUUUUUAAAGUUAUGGGUUGAGGGUUAUAGCAUGCAGAGCAGCUAUGAAUAAAAAAAUCACUUUAUAUUUCUUAUUAAUUGUUAGUAAAUAAAAUAAUAAAAUAAAAUGAAGUACAACCAGCAACAGUGUCAGUAACUUUAAUCAUUCCAUAUGAUUUUAUUGUCAUGUAUUUAUUUACCCAUUAAUUUCCCUACAGAUGGUAUAGUAAUUUUAUGAUUUUGAUUAUAGAUCUGCAGUGGCCUUGAAAGAUUUGUAAACAAAAAAAGUAAUAAAUACUAUGGAAUAAAACCGACAAGAACCAAAACAAGGAUAGUUUUCAGAGCUGUUGUAUAGACGGCACAUAGGCACUUAAAAUGACAGAAACAUUACGGAUUGGUUGUCCAUUUUGAACAGGCCACUGAUUUUCACACCAUUGUUUUUGGCUUACUUUAAUACAUAUAAUCCGCUCACACUGCCAUCUGCUUGUUAAAAUGAGCUCAGCUGAUUCUUUCUGGAGUUUUACUGGUUGGACGACCGUUAUUUGCCAUGAUGUGUUUAAUUUGGCAGUAAGAAGGACCAAAUCAGGAAAAAUGAAUCAGUUAAUUAACUGAAAAUACUAAUUAAAUAGAUGCACAAAUAACAAUCAGAAUGAAUAUUUUAUAUAGUAUUCAGUUUGAAUAAAUGUAAGCACACUAAGCAUAUGAGGUGGGUUAGAAGUGCUAUAUCAUUUCUAUGAAAGAAUUAUGAGUGCCAAAGUCACAUUGUGAUAAUCAUUAUUCUACUGAGGUACAAUAGUCUAGCCAAGCAUGAGUUAAGAUCUGUCACUCAAUACCUGAUGGUAAUAUAGCUUAUUUAUCUGAAGUCCAGAU